UCGAACGAUGAAAGUGCUGGUGGUUCUGUUAAUUUCGGUGGUUGCCUUGGCAGCUGCCUUCGAAAAGCCCGUGCCCGUAAAGGACAUGCCGGCGGUUGGAAGGAUCAGCGGACGCAUCACCAACGGAUAUCCUGCGUACGAGGGAAAGGUUCCCUACAUCGUGACCCUGACCUUUGAUAAUGGAAGUGGCAGUGGCUGGAUCUGCGGUGGCUCCAUCAUUGGCCACGAGUGGGUCCUCACCGCCGCCCACUGCACCUACGGAGCCAGCUUCGUGACCAUUGGAUACGGAGCCGUGUGGCGCAAGCAGCCGCAGUUCAGCAUCGUCUCCUCGGACUUGAUCACCCACCAGGACUACGACACCAGCACCCUGCACAACGACAUCGCCCUGAUCCGCACCCCGCACGUGGACUUCUGGUCGCUGGUGGACAAGGUGAAGCUGCCCAGGUACGAGGAUCGCUACAACAACUACUACGGCUGGUGGGCCCUGCUCUCCGGCUGGGGAAAGACCACCGACGACAGCGGAGUGUCCGACUACCUCAAUUGCGUGGACAUCCAGGUGGCGGACAACUCCGUCUGCGAGGCUUACUACGGCAGCACCACCAUCACGCCCAACCACGUCUGCAUCGCCACCCCGGAGAACAAGGGCUCCUGCAGCGGCGACUCCGGCGGUCCACUGGUCCUCCACGACGGCAACCGCCAAGUGGCCAUCGUCUCCUUCGGCUCCUCCGCCGGCUGCCUCUCCAACAGCCCCAAGGGAAUGACCCGCGUGACCAGCUACCUGGACUGGAUCCGUGACCAGACCGGCAUCUCCUACUAAUGAAAACGCUUUUCGCAAAUAAAGCACAAAUGCAACAAAUCGAUAUUGAUUUCAUUUUUUCCCAAAAAGCCCUUUUUCGCGUUUCUGACAUAAAAAAUGUGAAAUAAAUCGACCCAAAAAUCGAAAGCAAA